AUGGAGUCCAAGUACGAGAUUCUGGCAGGUGUUGUGCGGGAGAAACUGCGUGAAGCGCCCAGCCUUUGCCUGACGGCGGACAACUGGACGGAGUCGCACAGCACGUCGGGGUACUUGGGAGUGACCGUGCACUACGGCGAGGGAGUACAGAUGGAGAGCCUAGUCAUAGGACUUAUUAGACUGAUGGAAAGGCACACUGGGGUCUACUUGGGGGACAAGAUGUUGGAAUGCUGCACUGACUGGGCCAUCGAUCCCCUGCGUGUGACGGCCUGCAUCACGGACAAUGCCGAAAAUAUAAAACUAGCUGUCAAGCUGACCUUCGGCAGCAGUAAAGUGCUACCAUGCUUCGACCAUACCCUUAACUUGGUCCCGAAAGUGGCCCUGUUUGAGAAAGACAAGAACCAACAGCCCCAUGUUCCAGGAGUGGCCGAGCUGCUCAAGAAGGUCAAGGAAGUAGUGACAUUGUCCCACUGCAGCAGCAAUUUCUCCGACGAAAUUAAGAAAAUCCAAAUGGAGCAGUUCGGAAAAAGUGAGGGCACAACCCUGCGGCUCCUUCAGGAUGUCCCCACGCGCUGGGGAUCCACCUAUCUUAUGCUAGAAAGGUGGAUGGAGUUGCGGCCGGUGGUGGUUUUGGCAGCCUCCAAAUUUCCUGCUGUGAACAUGCCCAAUGCUGCAGAACAGCAAACCUUGCAGUCAAUCUUGGACCUUCUCAAACCAUUCCACGAGGCGACAAAGGAGAUGGGUGCCGAGAAAACUACAACAUUGAGUAAAUGCAUUCCGAUGUACCACCUCCUUCUGAAGGCUGUGAACGCGGUUCCUGCUGAGGGUGAUAUCGCGUCGCGUUUGAAGACUUUCCUCUCCGGGGAACUUUUGCGACGCUUCGGGGGCAUAGAGACCAACAAAAUGGUUGCUGCAGCAACUAUUUUGGACCCUAGGUUCAUCAAGCAUUACUUUCAAAGCCCCUUGGCCGCAGCCGACGCCGUUGCCUACAUAGAGGAGCAGGUGAAGCAGGAGCUGCUGCUAAACCUCACUGACGACACCGCCGCUGCGGACAAUGACACCUCUGCUGGAGAAAGUGACGCGGUGGCCGGGAACGCUGGUGGCGGUCUCUGGAGCUCGCACGCUGAGCUCGUCGCCUCCUCGAGGGAAGGCCGCACGCGCACAGGAAACGACAUCCCAGCACAAGCUCGGGCUGAGGUGCGGGGCUACUUGGGGCGAGAAAUUGUCAGCAUGGACAAGAACCCAUUGGAAGUGUGGGAAAAGCUGAAGAUACAGUAUCCGGGCAUGUACCCCGUCGCCCGCCGCCUGCUGACAACUCUCGCCACGUCCGUGUCGAUGGAGCGCGGGUUCUCGAUUGCCGGUGACAUCGCCGAUGACAAGGGCAACCGCAUCACUUCCACCCACCUGCGCCAAAGACUGUUUUUAAAGACCGUCCCCACUAAGUUUUGGGAGGCAGCUAGACUAAAGAAAUAG